AACUAUAUAAUACACGAUGGGCAAAAGGAAAACAAAGGCGAGGGAAGCGAAGAUUCUUAGAAAGAUAAGGAAACUGGAAGAAAAAUUGUCGAACACACCGGCGAGGAAACGUAUAAUGCGUCUACCUUCUAGUAGUUCGAGUGACGAGAAUAAUAAUGUCAGCCAGACGAAGAAUGACAUAUUAUACCAGGCUUUACCGGAUUUGUUCGACACUCUUGAUGAUGUCACCGAGCGACGUCCAGACAUCGUGUUAUCAUUGGAGGACAUAACACGGCCUGAGGCGGCUGUUGAGAUACCAGCAGUUUCGCAGAUCGGCGGUGCCGAUUCAGCAGUCUCUGAAAUCGAGGGGAAUAAUGACCUCGAGUUGGAUGGGUCAGUACUUUCAUUGUUAGGUGAUGUUCCCGAACUUGUUACUGAACUCGGACCUCCUAUCCAUAAGGAUAUUACCACAAGAUGGCAAGACAUUUUGAAAAGAGGGCUUAAAAAGGAUAUCAAAAGAGACUUGGUAAAGUUAUAUCCUAUACCUAAUAAUUUAGAAACACUGGUACCACCAAUUCUCAAUCCUGAAGUAAAAGUAGCACUAGCAGAAAGUUUAGUAAAACAAGACUUUUCUAUUUUUCAUAAACAAAAACAGAUCGGGUUUGCAUUGUCAGCACUUAGUAAAUCUGUCGACUCUAUAAUAAGUGACCCAGCCAAAAAGUUACAUAUCGACACAAAAUCGAUAUUAUUAAGACAUUUAAGUGAUGCUUGUCGCAUUUUAUGUGAUGUAUACCAGCUCGAAACGAAAAGACGAAGAAUGCUUAUUUUAAGUUCGAUAAACCAGAAGAUGAAAGACAUCGUUAUGGAUACAUUACCUGAAAAAUAUCUCUUUGGUGACAACAUGUCGGAGAAGUUAAAGACAGCUCAAGGUAUUAAUUUUAAACAAAUUUUAAAAGUCGUACCGAAGACAAGUUUUUUGAGUAAAAAUGCUACGUCAACUACAUCAGUCCCAAAGUCUUUAAACCAACGGACCCCAUAUCGGAAAAUAGCAGCACGUUCUUAUAUGGGGAAACAACGACUGCAGGACCGUGCAGCGCCAGCACCAACUCCAGCGCCAGCUCAGGGCCGCCAGCGGCACUACCGCCGCAGCCCUCCACCUCCUCCGCGGCGUCAGAGACAGCAGCGGUUUUGAGCAUUGACCACGAGACUUCAUCACAAUCUGCACAGCUCGCUAGAAUUGAUUGCCGUGCGAUUGUCAGGAAAACGCUAAUAGAACGACAUCUUUCCUCAAGAUCUGUGGAUAUCAUCUUAUCGUCUUUAGCUGACAGUACCUAUAAGCAAUAUGAUGGAUGUAUUAGGUCUUGGAUAACAUAUUGCGAGAAUAAAGAACUAAACUAUUGCUCUGCAUCGAUUCCAGAAAUUAUACAUUAUUUAAGUCAGCUUUUUGACCAGGGAGCAAAGUAUGGGACUAUUAACUCUCAUAAAUCAGCAAUAAGUUUAUUAAUGGGAAAUUCUAUUGAUGAUACCAGAGUUAAGAGAUUUAUGAAGGGAGUGUAUAGGUUACGGCCUCCCGCGCCUAAAUAUGAUAUAACUUGGGAACCUAAUUUAGUUUUGAAUUAUUUAAGCAAGUUAUGGCCCAACCAUACGUUGAGCUUAGAGGACCUUUCAAAGAAAGCUGUUACACUUAUUGCCUUGGUGACGGCUCAUCGUGUCCAGACGAUAUCUCUCAUAAAGACUAGAAACGUGUUUGUAAAUCAGGGUAGUGAAGUGAUUAUCAAAAUACCCGACUUUAUAGAGACUUCUAGGUUAGAUGCACAUCAACCUUUGUUAAAACUCCCCUUCUUCACUCCCCGGCCUGAAAUCUGCCCAGCAUUAUGCGUCUUAGCUUAUUUAAAUAGAACUGAGAAUUUGCCGGUAAAUAAUCAAGACAGAUUAUUUUUAAGUUACAAGAAACCUUAUAAAGAGAUA